AUGGAGCGCAGCGAAAAUGCAGACAUCCUGGGCCAGCCAAUCCAGCACGUCCCACCUGGUCCCACCUCCUCAAAGUUCACAGUCACAACGGCCAUCCUCGUUCUCGGUUUCAUCGUCGUUUGCUAUACCAUCGGAAUGCGUAUUAGACGGGAGAUACUAAUAUGGCGGGAGAAUGCAUACAAAUUGGAAACGCGACGCAGACACGGUAUCCCGGAUAACGACAGGCGGCCAUUCAACGUUGCCUAUGCAGCAGCCAUGCUCAGGCGCGAGCAGCAGGAAAAAGACAAGAAGGGUUUACUCAGGCGGCCACCCUCCAAACCAGCUGAGAGCCAGACCACAGCGACGACUGACUCCCGUGACUCACAUGCGGACCAAGGCCCAAGGAAUCGAUUCAGGAGUUCGACUUCAGUGGCUUUCCCUGGCGCUUUUGUUACACCUUCGUAUAUCCCAAACACUGGCACCUCGCAUCUGAGAACCUUGGAUGACCCGGCACUUCCACCACCGACCCGAUCGGCAAUUAAUGACCAGAGAAGAAGCUCUGCAGGUUAUCAAACUAAACCACUCACUCGACACGCGGCGGCACGGAACUUUGUUGAUCUUACCUCUGAUGGCGAGCCAUCCAAACGUGGCCUUGACGAUGAUUGGGAGGACAGUGAGACCUUGAAAAAGACUCGGACUGAAGGCGAACAACGUAUCGACGGCGAUGAGGAUCCUUCGGGGAGCAAACGGGCCGGCAAGCGCACCCUGGUCUACGAAGACGAAGACGAGGCCGAGGGGAUCAGGGACAAACGUGCGCGAAAGGUUUCUUUGGAAAAGAAUGGAAGGAUCCUUUCCGACUACGAAGAGAUGGAUGUCGAUGAAGAGCUCGAUGAGGUCCCAGACAUGGUCUCCCCCGUUCGCGGCAAGAAACGUGAUCGUGCAGAAGCUGGUUCUACCUUUGGCGGCGACGACGACGAAAGUGAACAAGAAGACGAUACAAAGAGUCGAAAGAACAGGAGGAAGCGUCGUAACAAGCGCAAGUCGGACAUUGGGACCUCGGUUGGCAGGAAACGUGAUCGUGACGUUGCUUAUGAGGAUGAGGAAAUGGGAAGUCCUAGUGAAGCCGGUACUCAACCUCGCCACCAUAAGAAAGGAAGACGCCGCUCGCAGGCUCAUCACGACUAUGACUAUUACAACGGUAGCGACAUCUCCGUGGACGACUCUUUGGCUUCUACCAGCACACGUGGUCGACGACGACGAAUCGGCGAGGAGUGGGAGAGCAACGGUAUUCGAUGGAAGAUUGGUCCCAAUGGUCAAAGGCUUCGUCAAGCUUUGGUUAAGAAGGCUAGAUCCAAGUUCCCUAUGCCUCGAGACUCUGUUCACCCCGAUCGUAACGCCAACCUUGAAGUCUUUGUGGAAACCUGGCUUACGGAAGAAGAGUACAAUGAGGCAAAGGAACAGUCCCUCCUCGCGUGGCAGGAUUCACCCAAGCAGUCUGUGGAGCCGGAGAACAUUUCGGUUGAGAUUCCUUCUAAGCAAUCUACUCCCGCAAAGCCCGUUGGAAAGAGUCUUCUAUGGCAAUCGACGACUACGACACCCACUUCGACUCCGAUUACCGGCUCUCCCCUCGACAGCCCCCAUGAUGGGCAGAUCGUCCGUCCCAAGGGUGUUCGCAAUCCUGGUCGUUACUCGUUAGGUGCUAGCACCACUGGCGGACGUAUCAAUCCCUUCGAGAGACCAUCUUCUCUCUCCAUCAAGAGAAUCGCAUCUUCCACCACGCCACUCACUACUAGCCUCAGCGACAAAACGAACAGCUACAUCCGCCCUCGCAAUCUGUCUAAAUGGGAAAAGCAGGAAGUCGAGGCCCAGGCUAUGGCUCAACUCCGUGCUCUCAAGCAAGCAGAGCUCGACAAGGCUGAAAAGGAAAAGGCGGAGAAGGAGCGACAGGAGAAGGAGAGGCUUGAAAAGGAGACGCAGGAGAAGGAGCGGUUAGAGAAGGAGAGGCAGGAGAAGGAAAGGUUGGAGAAGGAACGAAAGGAAAAGGAGGCGGCAGCAGCUGCUGCUGCGCCCAAGGUCCCUGCUAUCACUGUCACGGCACCCAGCAGCACCAGUACACCCGCGCCUGCGCCUUCGGGCUUCAGCUUUGGCGCGCCCAAGACGAAUGGUUCAGCUCCCGCUGCUCCUGCCUCUGGUCCCGCUCCCUCAAGUCUCUUUGGUGCACCAUCGACAUCGGCUCCUUCGACCACUACUGCUAAACCUGAAGAAAAGAAGUCGGGUUCGUUGUUCGAGUUCAAGGCUCCUGCAGCUCCUGCUUCUAGUGGGACCAGCACGGCGGCACCUGCAUCGAGCACUCCCUUCUCCUUUGGAGCGCCAUCCAGUACUACGUCUGGCUCCACCGCCACUCCUUCACCCUUUGGUGCUCCCGCUGUCAAGACGGAAGAAAAGAAGGAUCAACCUGCCGGUGGAUCGUUAUUUGGUCGAAUUGGUCCUGCUGGUGAUGCGUCCAAACCUGCUGAAACGACGAACAGCGCCACGAGUGGUGGAUUCUCGUUUGGUAAACCGGCUGGUGGUGCCACUGGAUCGGUGUUUGGACAACCCUCGAGCGGUACCGCAUCUUCGACGCCUGCUGCACCUUCGACGACAUCGACGACGACUGGAACGACGGCGCCCAAGUUUAGCUUUGGUGCUCCCGCGGCUUCGACACCUUCGACUACUGCAAGUGGAGGUACCGAUGCAGCCAAGUCUGGCACGACCAGUGGUGGAUCGUUGUUCUCGUUCAAGCCCUCGACUACGCCUGCUCCUUCGACUACGACUGAUGCGUCCAAGGCACCUGCCUCCGGUACCUCCGCGACCGCACCCAAGUUCAGCUUUGGUGCGCCGUCUGGAGGCUCUUCGGCAUUUGGGUCAGGAGCAACCUCAACGACUUCGGGAUCUACGCCAGCGUUUGGCUCAGGCGCCGGUACUACUGGUACGGGAUCGGUCUUUGGAUCGAAUUCGACGACCCAGGCCAAGAGUGCAUUUGGUUCGACGACCGCGCCCGCAGCCAGUCCCUUCGGCUCCACCGGUGCGUUUGGAGGUGCUUCCUCGAACCCUUCGUCUGCCACGGUUAAUAGUUCGAAUACCGGCACUGCUGCAUCGUCCUCGGCAGCACCCUCCUCGGCGUUUGGUCAGCCCUCUUCGACUUCCGGUACAUCGGCAUUUGGCCAGCCCUCUUCCACGUUUUCGUUCGGCAAUGCCAGCCAAGAUAAGGGUAAAGAAUCUACUGUCAAGAGUGGGUUUGGAGGGUUUGGCAGUGCUACUUCUGGUUCUGGGAGUGUGUUUGGGAAUGCUGGGUUGUCGAGUGGGAGUGCGUUUGGAAGUGGUGGUAGUAAACCUGCUACGAAUGGAACGACUACGACGGAAGCUCCCAAGUUUUCGUUUGGUGCCCCCGCGACUGGAAGCACGAGCACCACGGGUACGGCAGGUGCAGGGACUGAAACGCCCAAGCCUACGUUCUCGUUUGGUGCGCCUGCAGCUGGAAGCACGAGCACCACGGGUACGGCAGGUGCGGGGACUGAAACGCCCAAGCCUACGUUCUCGUUUGGUGGGGCAACUACGACCCCUGCUGGAGCCCCACCUGCCCCGAGUUCUUCCGCACCUACGUUCAGUUUCGGAGCGACUACGACACCUUCGUCAGGGACUGGAACGGGUUCAGGGUCGGUGUUUGGUGCGACGAGUACGCCCACUGCUUCGACGCCUAGUUUGUUUGGAGCUACGAAGCCUGUGAGUGCGUUUGGGUUUGGGACGCCUACUACUACUGCGGGGUCUGGGACGAGUGGUGCGGCGGGUACGACGACGCCUGCUGGGACGCCUGCGUUUACGUUUGGGAAGAAGUAA